AUGGCGAGCAAGACAAAGCGACAAGCGUCGCCUCUUCCCAAGGCCGGAACCAAGAAGUUCAGAGCAUCAGCUUCAAAGUCAGGCAAAGCUGAGCUUACUGCUGAGCAGCCUCUGAUCAGUCCGGCCAGAAAAGGUCGACGUGUGACCACAGCCGAAGCUGCCAGAAUUCUCGAGAAGCCGAGGACCCCAUCAGAUGACAACUGGCCACAGGCGUUUUGCAAUCAAGUCGAGGAGACGGAAUCUGAAAUUCUGAGCAUGCUCAGCGCGGUGAAAGAUGAGGUCGUUGAGGACCAAAAACACUUCCAACGUCUCAUGCUCCCGAUCCUUCGCAACGCCCUUCUUCCCCUCGACAAGAGCGAGGCUAUCAGCCAUGAUUCAGUCGAUGAAGAUACCCUGAAAGUUCAGGUCACAGCCAUGGGCCAUCAAGCAUGUGGGGAUCAUAUCGCAGACCUCAUUGACGCAUCCCACAAGUUGUUGCAAACAUACCGUGAGCUGUCCACUGCACAGGCUUCUGAGUCGAGGCUCGAUAGUCUCAGCAGCACAUUCCAGAAGGACGAAGACGCCGCGCUCAUCACGAUUUCAGCAGGCCGGCGGGUCGCUUCAAGGGAUAUCCACAACGUGUUGACGGAUCGCCACCAUCAGGUUCGGGAAUCGAGUUCACUUACAAGGGAUGAGCAGCUCAGUGGAACCGCACUACUCUUCAAGGGGCAAGAGGAAACAGAGGAAAACCCAAGAGCUGGACUAGGAUGGGCUACUGUGGCCAACGAGGCGAAUAAAGCGGUAGGCAAACUGAACCACAUUACGUCAAGAUCUUGA